AUGGUAGAACCCACCACAUCGUCCUCCUCUGAGGUCAACUUUAAGAUCCAAGACGAAGGUCGUCUUGCAGAACUCGGCUAUACACAGGAAUUACGAAGAGAAUGGAGUCUCAUACACAACUUCGGUGCUUCUUUCUCCAUCAUCUCAGUCACCACCGGUAUUGGUCAACAAUUCGGCUAUGGCCUCCUCACCGGUGGGCCAGCCGUCAUGACAAUUGGCUGGAUCGUCGGUUCAUUUUUCACGCUCGUCGUCGGUGCCUCCAUGGCUGAGAUUCUCUCCGGCAUACCAACGAGCGGAGGGCCAUACUUUUGGGCAUACAUGCUCUCACCCACACACAGAGCGCCUUUCUUCUCAUGGAUAACAGGCUGGUUCAAUCUCUUGGGCCAAGUAGCCGUUACCACAGCCAUUGACUUCGGUCUCGCUACCAUCAUCAGCGAGACCGCACACGUCGCAAGCGGAUACAAACCAUCAGCAGGAGGCACCCUCGGCAUCCACGCCGUCAUUCUCCUCUCGCACGUCUGCGUCAAUCUCCUCAGCAUUCGUACCCUCAAAUACAUCAUCUACACAUCCGUCACCCUCAACACAGCCGGCGUCUUCUGCCUCUGCGUCGCCAUCCUCGCAAAAGCCCCAAAACUACAAUCCGCCAAGUUCGUCUUCGCCACCUUCUACGACGGCACUGCGAACAGCGACGCCGACGUGGGCUGGAGCAUCCGAGCAAGUCCAGCCUACGUCGCAGUCACUGGGCUCCUCCUUACACAGUAUACGAUCCUCGGCUUCGACGCUUCCGCGCAUUUGUGCGAGGAGACGAGAAAGGCUGUUCGCGAUGCCCCGUACGGCUUGAUUGGAUCAAUCGGCGCAUCGGCCGUCAUCGGCUUCUUCCUCCUCCUCUCCCUCCUCUUCGCAAUCGGCGACUUCGAGGCCGUGAGAAGCGAUCCUCUCCCUAUGCUGCGCGUGCUUACGGACGCGUGUGGCAAGACUGGCGGCAUCGUGCUCAUGUGCUCCAACAGCAGAAUGAUGUUCGCCUUCGCCCGCGACGGCGGCAUCCCACACCGGCUGCACAUCAUAGACCGACGCUUCAAAUCCCCCGUCCGCACCGUCGCAUUCGGCGCAACACUCUCCUUCCUCCUCGCCCUCCCCUCGCUCGGCUCCCGCACCGCGUUCGCCGGCACAACCGCCAUCGCCACAAUCGGCCUCUACAUCUCCUACGGCAUCCCCAUCUUCCUCACCCUCCUGUACCCGCACAACUUCAAGCGCGGGCCCUUCAAUCUGAACCGCUAUCUGGGCCGCUGGGGCAGCACCGUCACCGCCGUCGUGGCCAUCGCCUACAUCAUCUUCAUCACCGUCGUCUUCUGCCUCCCGACCGUCAACCCUGUCACGAGCAAUACGCUGAAUUAUACGCCUGUGGCCGUGGGCAUUGUCGGCGCCGGCGCGUUCGGGAGCUGGUACUUUUGGGCAAAGAACUGGUUUACGGGACGCUGUCGGCAUCAUUGUCGCGUGUGUAUCCGCCAGCUGGAUUUGUUGGGCGAGGAGCUCGGAGUCAGAAUGGCGACGGGGGAUAGUGAUGGCGGGGACGAGCCGCUGAAAUUGGGCGGUGAAGGGGUUGGGAACGGGGGUGGGGCGCAGAGUCCAAGGUUUGGACCGGGCGUGGGGCAUAAUGGGCGCAGGUACAGUGAUGGGAGGAGGGAGAAGAAGGGGUUGAGGGUUACGGAGCAGUGA